UUCAAAUAAUGAGUGAAGAAGGCAGUUAAGAAUUGGAAAGUGAAGAAGAGGAAGAAGAGGAGGAAGAGGAGGAAGAAGAAGAAUAAGAGGAGUAAUAAAAACCAAUAAAGGAUGAAUUUAAUGAAUUUAGAAAGUAUAAUGCAUUUUCAAGUUAUGCAUAAUUAGAAAGAGGUUCAUUAUAAUAAUAUAAUUAUCAUAAUCCUUAAGAAUAUUAUUAUAAUAAUACUCCAAUACAUUAGCAUCCAUAAAAUAAUUAUUAUGAUAAAAUUUAGAGACAUUAAAAUCAUAUUGAUAAUGCUAAGAUUGCACUUAAUAUGUUAUAACAUCCAAAAAUACCAAUUUAAAACUAUUAGGAUAAUUAUUAUCCUCCUUUUCCUUUAUAAUAAUAAUAUAAUCCUCAAUUUUAUCAAUAGGCAAAUGCUCCUCAACAACCUAAAAAUUAUUAAACACCUCCUUACUCUCAAUAUUAAAAUUAUUAAAGAAAAAGAUCAUAUGAUGAAAUUAUUCCAGAUCCUUAUUAAAAUUAAUAUAAUAAUUAAAAAAGAAGAAAUUCAUUUAAAGAAUAAAAUUUAAUUCCAUCAUCACAUUCACAUAUACCAUCUCAGUAACAUCCGAUUUAAUAAUAAUAUUAUCCAUCUCAAAAUCAAUACCCUAAUUAAUAUAUUCAUUAAUAAUAACAAAUGUAUUAAUAGCCUCACUAAAAUUAUCAUUAGUAACUAUAUUCUGAUUAAUACGAUAAUUUUUAAUUUUAAUAUUAUCCUCAAUAAACAUUAGAUAGUUUUACAAGACCACCUUUGCCAAAAUAGAAUAAUCAAAAUUAAGAAAAGCAAAUUCAUUUUUAAAAAAAGGAGGAAUUAGAAUUAGAUUAGGAAUAUUUAGAUUUUAUAAGAUUUAAGGAGGCUGCAAAAAAAUAAAAAUAAAUUAUUGAUGAUAACGAUUACAAAGAUUUUUUAGAAUUUAAAAAAUCAAAAUUGCAACAACAAACAAAUAAUUCUGCAUAAACAAACUAAUAAAGAUAAGCUAAAGAACUAUAUAAGAAACCAAAAUAAUUAAGUAUAUUUUAUUUAUUUAAGUAAGCAUCACCCUAGGAAUAACCGAAAUUUAAUGAAACAAAGUUUGAAAGAAGGCCAGCUGAAAAUUAUAAAUCAAAUUAUGUUUCUCCUUCUUAGUUGGAUUCUAAUAUAGAAAUAUAAAAAGCAAUGCAAAUUUUAAUGAAGAAAUGA